UGAUCCCAUUCUCCCGUUGUCCCUGUUGGCCGUGGGUUUUUGAGUGAAGAACAGAGUGCCUGCCUGGGAAUUCUGUGAAAGCACAACAGCGGCCACUGCCAUGGCUGAACGCCGCGCAUUCGCCCAAAAAAUCAGCAGGACUGUGGCAGCAGAGGUCAGGAAGCAGAUAGCUGGUCAGUAUGGAGGGUCCCCUCAACUCUUCAAAAACCUUAAUGUUGGGACAACAACAAGCAACACAGUUCCCCUUACAGAGGCAGUAGAGCCAGUGGACUUUGAAGAGUAUCUCAUCACACACCCUCCCAUCGUGGAGUCAGGUCCCCUCAGAGAUCUAAUUGAGUUUCCCCCUGAUGACAUCGAGGUCAUCUACACACCCAGGGAAUGUCGCACCGUUGUGCCGGCUGUCCCAGAAGAAGGGGACACUGACACUCAUGUCAGAGACUGUGUCAGAUCAUACACAGAAGACUGGGCCAUUGUUAAUAGGAAAUAUCAUAAACUAGGCACAGGCUUUAACCCCAACACUCUGGACAAACAGAAGGAGCGUCAGAGAGGUUUGCCAAAACAAGUGUUUGAGGCUGAUGAGAUGCCAGACAGCGGCAGCUAUCAGGAUGACCAGGAUGAUCUGAAGCGGCGAUCGAUGUCUAUAGAUGACACGCCACGUGGCAGCUGGGCAUGCAGCAUCUUUGACUUGAAGAAUUCCCUCCCUGAUGCUCUGCUCCCACACCUCCUUGACCGGGCUCCCAAUGAGGAGAUUGAUCGGCACAAUGAGGACCAGCGCAAGGCCAACCGCCAUCGGGAGCUAUUUGCUUUACACCCUGCUCUGGAUGAGGAGGAGCCUAUUGAGCGCCACUGUGUGCCUGAAGUACCCAAAGAGCACUUUGGCCAAAGGCUACUCGUCAAGUGCUUGUCCUUGAAGUUUGAGAUAGAAAUUGAGCCCAUAUUUGCUAGUCUGGCCUUAUACGAUGUCAAGGAAAAAAGAAAGAUUUCCGAAAACUUUUUCUUCGACUUAAAUUCAGAGCAGAUGAAAGGAAUGUUACGUCCGCACAUUCAAACAGCAGCCAUCUCCACUCUGGCACGCUCUGCCAUUUUCUCCAUCACCUACCCCUCCCAGGAUAUCUUCCUAGUAAUCAAGCUGGAAAAGGUACUACAGCAGGGUGACAUUGGAGAAUGUGCUGAGCCUUACAUGGUCUUCAAGGAAUCGGAUACUGCAAAGAACAAAGAGAAGUUGGAGAAGCUUCGAAGUCAGUCGGAACAAUUCUGUCAGCGUCUGGGCCGCUACAGGAUGCCUUUUGCUUGGACUGCCAUCCACCUGAUGAACAUCGUAAACAGUGCUGGCAGCCUGGAGAGAGACACGGAGUUGGAGAUGAGCUUAUCAGAGCGAAAAGGUUCGUGGUCAGAACGGAGGAACUCAAGCAUCAUGGGAAGGCGUUCCUUAGAGAGGACCACCAGCGGAGAUGAAUCAUGCAGUCUGACAGGAUUUAGGCCGGCAACCCUUACCAUUACCAACUUCUUUAAACAGGAAGGGGAUAGGCUCAGUGAUGAAGAUUUGUUUAAGUUUCUGGCUGACAUGAGAAGACCUUCUUCAGUGCUGAGGAGACUCAGACCCAUCACAGCCCAGCUGAAGUUGGACAUCUCUCCAGCUCCAGAGAACCCCCAUUAUUGUCUGACUCCUGACCUUCUUCAGGUUAAACCUUACCCAGACAGCAGGGUGCGCCCCACCAGAGAAAUCCUGGAAUUUCCUGCCAGGGAUGUCUAUGUGCCAAACACCACAUACAGGAAUCUGCUGUAUGUAAACCCUCAGAGCCUCAACUUUGCCAACCGCCAAGGCUCUGCUCGCAACAUCACAGUCAAAGUGCAAUUUAUGAAUGGAGAGGAUCCAAGCAAUGCAAUGCCUGUCAUAUUCGGGAAGUCAAGUUGUGCAGAUUUUUAUAAAGAUGCCUACACUGCAGUUGUGUACCAUAACAGAUCCCCUGACUUCCAUGAUGAGAUAAAGAUAAAGUUGCCUGCUUCGCUGUCAGACCACCACCACAUUCUCUUCACGUUUUACCAUGUUAGCUGCCAGCAGAAGCAGAACACACCACUAGAGACCCCUGUGGGGUACACGUGGAUCCCAAUGUUACAGAAUGGUCGCCUGAGAACGGGACACUUUUGCUUGCCUGUAUCCCUUGAGAAACCACCACAGUCAUACUCAGUUCUCUCUCCAGAUGUCCCUCUUCCAGGAAUGAAGUGGGUAGACAACCAUCGAGGUGUAUUUAAUGUGGAGCUGGUGGCUGUUUCCACUAUCCACACACAGGACCAGUACCUGGAUAAGUUUUUCGCCUUGGUGCAUGCCCUGGAUGAGCAUGUGUUUCCGGUCAGGAUUGGAGAUAUGCGCAUCAUGGAAAACAAUCUUGAGACUGAGCUGAAGUCCAGCAUCGCCGCGCUAAACUCGGCACAGCUGGAGCCGGUGGUUCGAUUCCUUCACCUUCUACUUGACAAGUUGGUGUUGCUCGUAGUUCGACCGCCAGUCAUCGCUGGACAGAUUGUGAAUCUAGGUCAGGCAUCCUUUGAGGUGAUGGCAUCUGUUGUGAACCGGCUUCACAAGUAUCUGGACACCAGCCAGGACAUGCACGGUCGCAACAGCUUGCUGUCCUCUUACAUCCACUAUGUCUUCCGCUUACCCAGCACUGAUCCCAACUCACCAUCACCAGGUCCUGGGGGGUUGGGAGGUUCAGUUCACUAUGCCACCAUGGCUCGCUCGGCGGUCAGACCAGCCAGCCUUAACCUCAGUCGCUCCCGCAGCCUGAGCAACAGUAACCCUGACAUUUCCGGUACGCCCACAUCUCCCGAUGACGAGGUUCGCUCUAUAAUUGGAAGCAAGGGCUUAGACCGCUCCAACUCGUGGGUGCACACCAUGGGCUGUAGUGCCCCCUGGGGAUCCAGCCCUGGGUCCGCUCCAGAAACCAUGCAGGCCAUGGAGCGCUGUGGCAAUCGCAUGUCUUCGCACACUGAGAGCGCCAGUUUCUUGCAAACUUUAACAGGACGGUUACCCACUAAAAAGCUUUUUCACGAGGAAUUGGCCCUACAGUGGGUGGUGAGCAGUGGGAGUGUUCGGGAGGGAGCUCUGCAACAGGCCUGGUUUUUCUUUGAGCUAAUGGUAAAGAGCAUUAUCCACCACCUUUACUUCACUGAGCGCUUGGAGUCACCAAGGAAAAACCGAUUUCCUGAGCGCUUUAUGGAUGACAUUACAGCGCUGGUCAGCACAAUUGCUGGAGACAUCGUUUCUCGUUUCCAGAAGGAUCUGGAGUUGGUGGAGAGGAUUAACACAAGUCUGGCUUUCUUCCUCAAUGAUCUGCUGUCAGUCAUGGACCGAGGCUUUGUCUUCACAUUAAUCAAGACAUAUUGGAAACAGGUUUCGACAAAGCUUUACGCAUUGCAGAACCCAACUUUGGAGUCUUUACGGCUUGAUUUUCUACGAAUAGUUUGCAGUCAUGAACACUACGUCACCCUGAAUCUGCCCUGCAGUCUGCUAACUCCACCUGCUUCGCCUUCUCCAUCAGUAUCCUCAGCAACCUCACAGAGCUCUGGGUUUUCCACUCACGUCCAGGACCAAAAAAUAGCCAACAUGUUUGAGCUUUCCAUCCCAUUCCGAGAGCAGCAUUAUCUUGCUGGGCUUGUGCUGUCUGAGCUGUCUGUAUUACUGGACCCAGAUAAUGAAGGAAUGUUUGGUCUACAUAAGAAGGUGGUAAGCGUUGUUCACAACCUCUUGUCGAGCCAUGACUCUGACCCUCGUUAUGCUGACCCGGAGGUCAAGGCUCGGGUCGCCAUGCUCUACCUGCCUCUUAUUGGGAUUGUUAUGGAGACCCUGCCGCAGCUUCAUGACUUCACAG